UAUCACUCGGUGAUAUCGCCAGAGAAUGAUGUCUGUCUUCUACCGUCUGAGCGAUUGAAUAACUACACGAUUAAUUAUGACGUCGAAAUGGCCGAGAUCGCCGGCCUUGUCAUUGGGGUCGUUGGUGUCGCAGGGGUUAUUGGUGCUUUCAAAGAUACCAUUGACCUCUUCAACGAUUUCAUGAGCUCGCGAGAGUUCGGCCGUGAUUAUGAAAUAUUGGAUACGAAAGUGGACAUUGAGAGGGCCAUCUUGCUACAAUGGGCUGAGAAUGUGAAACUUCUGAAAUCUGACUACGACAGAAGAUUAGACGACGAUGUCGUUCGACGUGCUGUGGCCGGAAUCUUAGGGUGCAUCAAGUUCCUGAUGGGCGACGAGGCUCAACUGAGAACUCGAUAUGGCCUAAAGGAAGACGUAGAACAACGACGUGGCAACGAAACAAACAGUGCAGCCGUAAUCAGCGGUCCCCGGAUGGCAAAGUUUAUACGAGAAUUCGAGGCAAUGAAAUUACGAAGUAAAAUGCUAGACAAGACAACAACAUUUAGCAAGAAGGUUCGCUGGGUCAUCCGCGACAAGGAGAAGUUCGAAGAAUUGGUCAGGGAGUUGGCUCAUUUUACUACCAAGCUCAUGCAAAUUGUCCCGGUAUUUGCUAGCCAAGAAGCUGCUCAACAUGCAUCCGACAGAGACGUUACUGCAAUUGGCACCCUUAGGGAACUAAAGCUCAUCCUCGAUGCCUCAGUUGGAAGAAGGCGAUUAAUCGCUGAUUCAACCCGAGAGCAUAUCAUACACAUAUGUCAGGAGCAGAUCCUCCGUCUACUAUGGUUCAGGACCAUCGACCUGAGAAAGGAAUCCGUUUCACCAGCCCAUUGUAGAACCUUUAACUGGGUACUUGAACCAUCAGAACAAACUCUUCCAUGGGAUGACAUCACCAAAUGGCUAUCAUACGACUCAGGAAUAUACUGGGUUUCUGGAAAAGCCGGGAGUGGCAAAUCUACGUUGAUGAAGUACUUGUUCCAACACAAAAAGACAGCGACUCUUCUGUCUAAAUGGGCUGGCGGUAUGCCAUACCAUAUGUACCAUUUUUUCUUCUGGAAUAUGGGUACGUACGAACAGAAGUCUCAAGAAGGGCUAUCGAGGGCUCUAUUACACCAGAUACUCUCAGAUCACCCGUCUCUUAUCAAAGAAGCCCUUCCAAAUAUGUGGGAGCAACUUUACAAUAGCGACGGCGAAGUAUGUUUGCCACUUGCACCUGAAAUUAGGUACGCAUUCCAGGUUCUUGCAAACAAGACCUCACAAAUCGGCAAAUUCUGUCUUUUUAUCGAUGGACUGGACGAGUUUAUAGGAAACUAUCGAGAUGGCAUAGCCUUUAUCAAGGAAUUGUCUGAACACUCUCACAUAAAAAUCCUGGUCUCCAGCAGACCAAUUCCGGAUUGUGUCGCCUCUUUCGAACGUUUACCAUCUUUACAGCUACACCAUCUCACUCAUGGCGAUAUCAAAGCCUAUGUGGAAGACGUCAUUGGCAAACACAGAUAUAUGGAAGGUCUCAUGGCUCGACACCCGGAUGAAUCAUCGAAAAUCAUGGAGUAUUUGGUUACUAAGUCUUCGGGCGUCUUCCUCUGGGUCAUCCUCGCAUGUAGAUCGCUUCUCUCGGGCUUUGCAGACUACGACAAAAUACAUGAGCUGCGACAACGAGUGGAUGAGCUACCGCCGGAACUUGAAGAUAUGUUUCAGCAUAUGAUGAAUAAGAUUAACAAACGACAUCGAGAACAAGGCUCUCGAAUGUUGAAGAUAUGCUAUACAAAUACCCAAGCCCGGGACAAGAAUGAGGUUGGCAACUUAAGUUCUCUUGGUUUGGCUCUAAUGGAUGACGACUAUAAGAGCAUAGAACAGAUUUCAACCUUGAGUGCAGAACAGAAACACAGACUUUGUGAAGAACUUGAAGGACGGUUGAGAAGCCGUACCGGAGGGUUACUAGAGACAUAUUGGAGUCUUAAAAGUAGCUGUACACAGUACUGUUUCUGUGGGGCGAAGGGAAAAGAAGACCACGAUGGUAAAAUCGACGGUAGAGUCGAAUUCAUGCAUCGAACUGUGCUUGAGUUUUUAAGCAAUGAGCGAGCAUGGGAUCUCGAGUGCUUGCAGCCCCCUAGUGGACUUCAAGUAGGUACAGAGUUGUCUCUCAUCAGCCUCUAUUCAGCUAUAGCAAGUCUACCGGGUGGCGAUCCACAGGCAAUCCGAUUCCUUCGCGAUGGAUUCCAAUGGGGGGCGCAAGCUGAUUUGGAGGACCCAAAUGGAGGAAAAAACAUCUUCUACGUUAUUCGGCCAUUCAUCAACCACUUAUCAUCGAAUUAUUCAUUAGAAAAUGAUAUGAUUCCACGGAUUGUUCUAGCUGCGGCAAGACCCCUGGAUGCAAACAGAAUAUCAUUAUUGCUUGCUGCUGAAGCCGGCGCGGUCAAUUUCGUCAGGGGCCAUCUCUUCUCCCAACAUGAUUCUUCGUUAACGCCAAAUCCGGAACAACUCUCUCAACUUCUAUAUCAUUCCGUUUCUCCUCUCUUAAUAAAGGGGAAUAUUUCGGCGUGGCGGUGGAAAAACGUUGGUUUGGGAAAUGUAUCUAAGGAAAUGGUCUCUUUACUACUUGCUCAUGGCGCAGACCCUAAUCUUCAAGUCUCCGACCGUAAAUAUCCAGCGACAUCAUGGUCCUAUUGGUUAAGUUCAGUUGAAGGGAAAUCUCUAGAGGGCGAGGAAAGGUUACACGUCGCCGAGGUUACGGAGAUUUUCGUGCAACAUGGCGCCAGAUUAUCCAACGACUUUUGCAGAUGGGUUCGUCUCCUACUUCCGCGCAAGCCUUUCCCUUCUGGUCAAAAUGCAAUAUCUAGGCUGCAUGAACUAGUCUCGAAGUUCGAGCACGAGCAGGAAUUGAAAACUCCCAUCGAUUCUCCCCACGUUGUCCAAGCAACAGAUGAAGAAAAAAUAUGCGAACAAGAAAGCCGGUACGAAGGAGGUACGUCGGAGCUGACUACCGGUUUACGCUCUCGCCCCCAGUGUAAUGUCCGGGACUUGAAAAGGAAACAGGGGAGUGAGAUAUCUUUGGAUGAAGGUUGCAAACGAACCCGAAUCGGGCACUUUUGAUCCUGGAGAUAUUGGAUCAAAUCACAUUCUUAUGGGAUGUGGUUUGAAUUAGCUGAAUGGGAGUGCUUCAGGAAAUCACUUAGAGGGGUUAGCAAUUGCAGUUGGUGCAUAUAACACAGGUAGAUCGUUUUAACGGAUGGAGAUAGGUAAAUGUCACAAACUGAUGUACUCUGGCUGCAACUCUAACGCAGGUACCAACUCAAUGUGAAAUCACCCACUUUCCAUAAAGCAAUUCAUAGAUGAAUUUUCAUGAGCUGACUGGCUUAAUUUAUCUAA